AUGGCACAUCUGUGGACACAUAUAGACAAGAACACGUAUCUGUGCAACGUUUGUGGUAAGAGGUUCACCAAUAAUAGUGAGUUGAAAAUCCAUAGACAAAAUCACAAGGGAGAAAAGCCAUACUUGUGUAAAAUUUGCAACAAAUCGUACGUUCAAAAUAGUAGUCUGACGGUCCACCACCGAAUUCAUACAGGAGAAAAGCCAUACCAGUGCAAAGUUUGCGAAAAAUCAUUCAUUCAUAGCAGUAGUCUGACGGUCCACCGCCGAGUUCACACGGGAGAGAAGCCAUACCAGUGCGAAGUUUGUGAAAAAUUGUUCGCUCAAAGUAGUAGUCUAACGGUUCACCGCCGAAUUCACACUGGGGAGAAGCCAUACAAGUGCAAAGUUUGCGAAAAAACGUUCACUCAUAACAGUAGUCUAACGGUCCACCGCCGAAUUCACACGGGAGAAAAGCCAUACAAAUGUGACUCGUGUGAAAAAUUAUUCGCUCAUAACAAUAGUCUGAAAGCACAUAUUUUCCAUUGGCAUACAAGAGAAAAACCAUACUUGUGCUACAUUUGCGGUAAAUCCUUCAGUCAUUCUAAUAAUCUUAUAGCACAUCAGAGGAUUCACAUUAACUGGUUUUUAUGA